AUGGCUGCAGACGAGGAGAGAUCGCAACCCCUUUCCCACAAGCGCCCUCAUGCGGCGGUGGAUGGGGCUGAAGACAACGAUGACGACUCGUCGGACGAUGAUUUCGGUCCAGCGUUGCCCUCCGCCGAUGCACCCAAGAAGAAACGACGCAAGCUUCCUUUCGAGAAUGUAUACGUUAAAGCGCUGCCGGCGUCGGCGCGCUACUCCAAGUCGCUGAUGCACAAGGACCAACUGUGCUAUGUGACGGUAACGCCGCACACUGACUUUCUGAUUACGUCCUCCAUCGAUGGUGUGGUCAAGUUCUGGAAGAAGACGGCCGAAGGGUUAGAGUUUGUCAAGGAAUUCCGGGCGCACACUGGGGAAGUGAAAGGGGUCAGCGUCAGCGCAGACGGGAGGAGUUUUGCGACAACCGGCACGGACAAGACGAUUAAGAUAUUCGAUGUGAUUACGUUUGAUCUUUUGGCCAUGAUACCUCUCGACUUCGUGCCGCGAUAUGUCUGCUGGGUCCACCCGAGGGGCGCGUCCUUGCCGUUGGUCGCGGUCACCGACGAUGAAACGAGCACAAUACGAAUCUACGACGGUCGGGGGGAGAACCACAGUCCUUUACAUACGGUGAAGAGCAUCCACCGGACACCGGUAGCUGCGAUCGCUUUCAACGACGCCUAUGACUGUGCGAUCUCCGCGGACGAGUCGGGCAUGAUCGAAUACUGGCGCGCAUCGGAUGGGUCGUUUGAAAAGCCCGAUAAUGUGUUCGAAUUGAAGUCGUCCACCAACCUUUUUGAGUUUAAAAAGGCCAAGUCGACUCCGGCAUCCCUCACGGUUUCGCCGUCGGGUGAGCAGUUCGCCACUGUUUCCUUCCCCGACCGCCAGGUGCGCGUGUUUGACUUUGCGACGGGGAAGCUGUACCGCAAAUACGACGAGUCGCUGUCCACCAUCACGGACAUGCAGCAGGCCGGCACAGCUAUCUACCCACUGGACGAAGUCGAGUUCGGGCGGCGAUUGGCCGUGGAACGGGAACUGGAGAACCCUGUCACGCAGCCACGGAUCAACGUGCUGUUUGACGAGUCGGGCCACUUCAUCCUGUACGGGUCGCUCUACGGCAUCAAGUGCAUCAACACCUACACCAACCGCGUUGUGCGUGUGUACGCGCGGGACGAACCGUUCCGGGGGCUGAACCUUGCCGUGUACCAAGGCCAGCCGCAGAAGAAGGGGUUCAUGACGGUCUCGAUGGCCGCGAGCGCCAACCCGCUCCUGCAGGAGGCCGAGGAGCGCGACCCCUUCCUGGUGAGCACCGGGUUCGGCAAAGUCCGGUUCUACAUCUUCAACAAUGAGACGGAGAUCUCCAAGUCCUCGCGAGACGUGCAGAACGAGCGGCCGACACAGGCGGCUUCGGGCGGUGAGACGGCCACCCAAAAGGCCAAGGAGACCGGAACGUCGGCCAUCCUGCACACGACCAUGGGAGACAUCCACCUCCGCCUGUUCCCGUCCGCGGCACCCAAGGCCGUGGAGAAUUUCGUCACGCACGCCCGCCACGGCUACUACAACAACACCAUUUUCCACAGAGUGAUCCGCAAGUUCAUGAUCCAGGGCGGUGAUCCGCUGGGCGACGGUACCGGCGGCGAGUCGAUCUGGGGCGGGGAGUUCCCAGACGAGUUUUCCACGCUGAAGCACGACAAGCCUUACACGCUAUCGAUGGCCAACGCGGGGCCCAACACCAACGGCAGCCAGUUCUUCAUCACCACGGAGAAGACGCCAUGGUUAGACGGCAAGCAUACGAUUUUCGGGCGGGCGGUGCAAGGUCUCGACGUGGUGCAUAAGAUCGAGAAUGCUCGGACGCUCAAGGACCGGGAGAAGCCCGAGGUAGACAUCAAGAUUGUGAGCAUCACGGUCAAUUAG